CAAAACCGUACCCAACACGGCCUCUUACACCUCGCGUUCUUUCUAUUUUACUUCUGCCGCACUAGUGAGACAGUCACUUUCCUUCAAUCCGACGAUGCGACUCCUCAACAUCGAGACCAUGAGGAUGGAGGAGUUUUUCGACGAGAGGGAAGCCUUGUACGCAAUAUUGUCUCACCGUUGGGGUCAAGAGGAGGUAUCUCUCCAGGAGUGGAAUCGGGUUCAGGAGAUCGAGGCCAGAAUGCGAACUAUCACGACCCACCAUGCCUUCAAGGCUCCGCGGCACGAGAAUGACUACUACCACGAGAGCCUGCGGGAGCAGUACUAUGAGCUGGAAGAAGAGAAAGCCGCAGUCAGGAAAAAGACCGGGUAUUCUAAAAUUGUUUCUUGUAUUGAAAUGGCUCGAAAUCAAAAGAUCAGUAGAGGGGAGAAGGUUCACUCUUGCAGCUUUGUCUGGAUCGAUACCUGUUGCAUUGAUAAAACCAGCAAUGCCGAAUUAUCCGAAGCCAUCAACUCUAUGUUCCGCUGGUACCACAAUGCUUUGGUGUGCUUGGUUUACCUGGCCGAUGUGCCUACCAAUCUGGGACAAGACGAGAUGGAAUCCAAGAUCCGAAAAAGCAACUGGUUCGAACGCGGAUGGACAUUGCAAGAGCUGCUGGCGCCGCGAACUGUGUGUUUUUUUGAUCAGGGAUGGAAGUUCCUAUUCAAUAAAGAACAAAAAUGCGCCCUUCUUGAAAAUAUCACUCAUAUCGACCGGAAUAUCCUUCGCGGCUUCGAUAUGAGUAGGGCAUGCACGGCCAAGAAGAUGUCAUGGGCGGCUUCUCGCACAACAACACGGAAAGAAGAUAUAGCAUAUUGCCUGCUUGGUAUUUUUGAUGUCAACAUGCCGCUACUAUACGGGGAAGGCGAUAAAGCAUUUGCCCGCCUGCAGGAAGAGAUUAUCCGCCAGUCCGGCGACCUAAGUAUCUUUGCGUGGGGCUACAAUUCAUCCGGAACCCAUGGAAUUCAUGGAAUUUUUGCUCCAUCGCCUGCAUAUUUCAUUGGAUGCUACAAUCUCCACGGGCUUCGUUCUUCCCAAGCCGUCAUUUCGAUGGCUAACAUUACACUAAGUGUGAAACUCUCUUACCUGAGACCAAAAACUGAUCGCUUGAGCUUCAUGUACGCCUAUCUUUGUUGUUCUGAAGGUACAACGAACCAAAUCGUUCUCCCCUUGGUGAUGAAUAGAAGCGGGGGUCAUUUGCAAUUCGGGGAGGAUGCCACGAGAGUCUGGUUUGAGAGACCCGCUGGAGCGCGGCCAAUCCUGAUGAGUGCCACGCAUGAGAUGGAUGACAAAAUAUGGAUGCAUGAAAGUCGCACAAUAUCCAUAUUAAAGAAGGGGGGUGAAGAGAACAUCGAGACUCUGGGCAAGACCUUUUUCGUUGGCCUCCAUCUCCCUUCUUCAAAGGCGGCGGUGGACGAGAUUUACCCUCCACAUUUCUGGGGCAGGGUUGUGGUGGUCUCGGAUUUCCGCUCCCCUGUUGACAGGCGCAUUUGGUAUCCUGGUGCCAUCGAGCGAGACAGGGGAGUCGACCCCGGCGAACCCGGAUAUGAGACCUUAGCUUAUAUUAGAAUCUCGCACCGGAGAAAUGGAGCUCAGAUGGUUCUUAUUGUCCGUCGCCUUGACUCCACACCUCGGGACCUUGAGGUGAGAGUUGCCAAAUGGCCUAUUCGUGGGUGUGUAUCAUUGGCCGACUUUGCACUUCGUGACGACCUAAACCGCCGAUAUGAGGGCAGAAUUGAGGGUCUUGACUUAUCUGUGAAAAGGAGGGUAUGUAUCAGUCUCUUUGAAAACUCCUGGGCGUUCGUGAUCACCAUCUGGGCGCCCGGAGAUGCAAAUGGUAGAUCCAAAAAGAACAUAAAUAACAUUGAGGCCCAAGAAAUUGAGGUUGGCAGCAACGGAGAUGAUGAAGCUAUGGGCAACGAAAGUGACAGUUAUGAAAACGUGAAGACGAGGACUACUGCUUGAGCGAGGCAGUUAGGAUGAAUGGGUCAGUUGCAAUUCUGAACCUCCCCUGCUGCUAAAAGCAGCUUGUCUUAGCAUGUUAAAUAGUUUUCGAUAUCUAUCUACCCUAGUUGUCCUAUGGAAAUUUGGAAUAAGUGC